AUGGCCAAAGAAACUGUGUAUGUUGACCCCACAACUGGAGAGCAGAUUCCAAUGAAAGACGGCAAGCCCUGUCGAGUCUGUGUCGAUUUCAAGACAUGGUCAAAGAUUGGCGCUGGAAAGAAGUCGUCAGGAGCAACAGCAGCAGCAGCAGCAGCAACUGAUAAAUCAAACGAGCAAUCCACUGCCACAGCAACUCAGUCAGGUACCACGUCUGCAGAUAAGGCAGCAGAUGCAGGAACCAAAUUUGAUGAGGAAUGGAAGCGCAACAAUUGCCCAGCAGAUGUAAAAACAUUGGGAAGACACACAUGGACAUUGCUCCACACCAUGGCAGCCUACUAUCCCGAAAAGCCGGAAAAGAAACAACAAGAGAGCAUGAAAACUUUCUUUGAGUCGUUUUCUGAGCACUAUCCAUGCUGGUUCUGCAAGAACGACUUCAAGAAGGACAUGGCAGAAAAUCCAAUUGAUGUCACUAGCAGAGAGACGCUGAGUGAAUGGCUGUGUAGACGCCAUAAUAAGGUGAACGAGAAGUUGGGCAAGAAGCAGUUUGACUGCAGUAAGGUGCUUGAACGAUGGAUGACAGGCCCAGCCAAUGGCAAAUGCGACGAAUAG